UCUGGUGGUUUCUCUCCUUGAUCAUCUAUCUUAACCUUCAAUUUUCUCUCCUUUCCAUUCUCUCUCUACGACACUUCUCUCUUUAAAACUGCCAUAACCAACGAUGGAGGAACCUUUGAAGAAUCAACCAUCUUCUUCUUCUACAUCUGUAAUUGCUGGAAAAUCGAAACUUAGGUAUCCGUUGCGUUCUGCUUCUAAAGUGAAGGAUCAAACUAACAAAUCUCCUGAAAUUCCUAAUAAUUCUUCCUCUGCUGCUUCCAAAAGAGGGAGGACUUCCAGUAUGAGUAAAAGCGUCAGUGUUCUUGAGCUCUCUGCAAAGGACAAGCAGAAAACUACCAAGCCCCCUAGAAGGCUGUCAAUUCCUGCAAAGUCGAGUGUGAGCCCUAGGCACAAAUCUGCCACCAACAUUACUCCAAUUUCAGAAGCCAAGUCUAGGAGAAUGGCUAAUAGACAGGAAAGAUGUGAGACUCCAUUAUCUGAUGUGUCGAAGUCAUCUGUACGUAGGAAAUUCAACAUUCUGUCAUCAGCAUCAUAUUGGCUAUCACAAAUUAAGCUCUCCGAGUCUGCCGCCAAACAUUCUAUUUCAUUUGGUUUCUUCAAACUAGCUCUAGAGGCAGGAUGUGAGCCUCUGCAGCGACUGCGCGAGGAGCUGAAAUUCUAUGUGCAGAGGCACGACCUUGCUGAACUUGGAGACUCUAUUAAAAGCUUAUUUGAGAGCUAUGAAAUUCCCGAGACCCUGGAACAAGUGCAAGAGUCUAUUAUCUGCUCUCAAGUGUCUGAAGAUGCGACUGCUCUCUCCAGUGACGAUGUUCAAAGCACCUCUUCUAUAGCUGCAACCAAAAUGCCCAAACUGAAAUCUCUGAACGCUCUCACUGUAGCUUCUGCAGCAAAGGCUUCUAGUAAGAAGGAAAAUGUGCAGAGGAUCACACCAGUGACCAAGAGUCGAGCAUCUUUUAGCCGCGAACCUAUUAAGCCAAAAUUAAUCACAGAAAGUGGAGGCAACAAUAUAAAGAAGAAAGUACAAAAUCCAGCCAAACAAACUCCAAAUAAUGUGGAUAAGAUCAACAAGCAGGAUCAAAAAACAGUUUCGGAAGAAGUCACAGCCAAACAAGUGGACAUCGAGGAACCACUCGAGGGAAACAAAGAAAACAUGGAUGCUCCGCUUAUGGCAGAGGUGAUGUGACACAAGAAUGUUAGGGGGUAUGAAGCACAAAAUGGUCUCCUAAAAAUGCUGUCUUUGAUUCUAUUAGUACUAGUAGAGGUUGUCUUCAAAGGUUUUAGUGGAGGGCUUUCCUGUGUGUAGAAAGAAAGGUUUAAACAAUCAGUUUGUCCUGCAACAAAUUUUUUAUAUUUUGUCUACAAGUGGGCUUGAGUAUUUGGAAUAUUGUGUUGGUAUCUAUUAUAUAUACAGUGCUAUACUGCUUUGUUAAUAUUAGGAUUAUGUACGUAUUCCGUUAUCAAUUUAUUACGUGAUGAAAGAAAAAGAAGUGUACCAUUCUAGUAGUUAGAAACUUGUUCAAUCCAAC